UUAAAUACCAAAAUAUUCACUCAUAAAGAAAUUAUAAACUCCACAGAAGCUUUAACAUUUCAACCGGAGUUUGCUGAGCCGAUUGUAAAUAUUUCUGUAGCUAUCGGCAGAGAUGCAACCUUUACAUGUCAUGUCAGACAUUUAGGUGGUUACAGGGUUGGUUGGGUGAAGGCCGACACAAAAGCAAUUCAAGCGAUUCACGAUCAUGUUAUAACUCACAAUCCUCGAGUUAGUGUUUCACAUCUUGACGUCAACACGUGGAAUCUUCACAUAAAAUCAGUCAGUGAAGACGACAGAGGCGGUUACAUGUGUCAAAUCAACACAGAUCCGAUGAAAAGUCAGGUGAGAGUGAUGAAAAGUUUAUUCACUGACAACCUCAUGAUAACAGUAAAGAAACGAAAAAAAGAAUGGAAAAAAGUCAUUUUCGGUAUUGGAUAUCUGGACGUAGUAAUUCCACCAGACUUUAUUCCUGAAGACACUUCAUCUGAUGUUAUUGUACCGGAAGGUAGUUCAGUUAAAUUAACAUGCAGGGCACGAGGAUAUCCAGAGCCUGUCGUGACUUGGAGACGAGAGGAUGGGAAUGAAAUUAUCUUGAAAGAUUCAAUGGGUACAAAGACUCAUGUUGCAUCAUUUCGUGGCGAGAUUUUGAAACUGACGAAAAUUGCCCGCAACGAAAUGGGCUCUUAUCUUUGUAUAGCUAGCAACUCAGUGCCGCCUUCAGUGUCAAAAAGAAUCUCACUAAAUAUUCAUUUUCAUCCAGUCAUUCAUGUUCCAAAUCAACUUGUUGGUGCUCCACUUGGAACUGAUGUGCAAAUUGAAUGUCAUGUUGAAGCGAGUCCCAAAUCAAUAAACUAUUGGAUUAAAGACACAGGUGAGAUGAUUGUUUCAUCAUCGAAAUACAUCGUUCAAGAGCAUUCGAGAUCGUUAUACGAGAUGAAAAUGACAGUCACAGUAAAGAAAUUUGAGAAAGACGAUGUCGGUAGCUAUCGUUGCAUAGCGAAAAAUUCGCUAGGUGAAGUCGACAGUAGUAUCAGAUUAUAUGAAAUACCAGGCCCAACACGUAAAGUUCCACCCCCUAAACAUAGUGGCAGUGAUACAAAUGAAAUAUCAACAGGGAAAGGUAGCAAAAAUCAAGCAACUUCUGGGAAAGAUUCACAUUUGCUUACACCUAAGAAUAAUUAUCAAAGCCCAGAUUACGAAGAUAAUUACAAUUCAAAUGAGUUUGAAGAUCUCGAUUCGUCUUUGGAUUCAAAUAGAAACCUUCAAAAUGUUCAGAUCCUGGGACCUGGAGCUACAAGAAAGCCCAACAUUAUCACCAACAUCCGUGGAAGUUCGAAUGGCAUCGAUAAUCAUGAAAAUAAUGGUCAUCUAUUUUCAAAUGCAUUGGAUCAACAUCAUAAUCGUCGUCGUCAUUCCCUUCAUUUACUAUGUUCAUUGCUAUUAAUUAUUUUAUCAUACUAUUCACACUUAAUCACAUAAUGAAUGUCGUUUCAUGUUUAAGCAACCUCACCUCAACUCUCACAAAUGAAUUAAUUUGAAAUUAACUUUUCCUACCCAGAAAC